AUGACAGAAAAAAAGCGACCAAAUUUCCUCUUCAUCCUAGCCGAUGACCUAGGUUUCUCCGACAUAGGCUGCUUCGGCGGCGAGAUCGAAACACCAAACAUAGACAAGCUCUCAUCAGAAGGAAUCCGAAUGCUAAACCACCACACCGCAGCAGCAUGUUCACCCACCCGCGCGAUGUUAAUGAGCGGCACAGAUGCGCAUCUUGGCGGAUUAGGAUGUCUAAUUGAGAGUCGGGCAAGUGAGAAGGGUGGAAAGCGAUGGAAUGGGAAGGCAGGGUAUGAGGGAUAUCUGAACAGUGAUGUUGCGACUUUACCUGAGAUACUUGGAGAUAAUGGGUAUUUUACGGCUAUUUCUGGGAAGUGGCAUUUAGGACUUCGUGCUAGUCAAGGUCCUUCAGAGAGAGGAUUUCAAAAGGCCUUCGCUAUGCUUCCGGGUUGUUGCAAUCAUUAUGCAUGGGAGCCUGUGCAGGAGAGAUUUCCUAUGGGUGGAUCACCGAUUCAUACAGAGGGGGGAGUUAAAGUUGAUGUGACUCCGAAUAAGAAUGAAGACCCGGAAGGCUUCUAUUCAACCGAUUAUUAUACCAAUCAAUUGAUUGGAUAUCUUAACGGGCGCUCUUCAACGGAGAAGGAUAAGCCUUUCUUUGCUUUUCUGCCUUAUACUGCGCCUCAUUGGCCGUUGCAAUGCUCUAAGGAUAAGCGUGAUAAGUACAAGGGUAUCUACGACGACGGACCAUAUGCUCUUCGCGAGCGCAGACUAAGACAGCUCGUUAAUCUUGGUAUUAUUGACGAAUCUGUUGUUCCGCAUCAGAUGGAAACCACAACACAGGACGUGGGUGAAUGGGAUGAGUUCACGGCUGAAGAGCGAAGGUGCUCGAGUCGUGCUAUGGAGACUUAUGCUGGGAUGAUUGAUACGAUGGAUUUCAAUGUUGGGAAGAUUAUCAGCCAUUUGAAAGAGACGGGGGAGUAUGAUAAUACUUUCAUUGUCUUUAUGAGUGAUAAUGGGGCUGAGGGAGCAGCAUUGGAAGCUAGACCUGUGAUGGGUGAUAAUAUCAAACGGGCCAUCCAUGAACACUACGACAAUUCAUAUGAGAAUAUCGGGUCCUAUAACUCAUUCACCUGGCUCGGACCACUAUGGGCUCAAGCCUCAACAGCGCCAUCCCGACUCUUCAAGGGAUUCCCAUCUCAAGGCGGAAUCCUCGUUCCCUGCGUGGUGAAACCACCAAAAGACACAUUCCACCGAUCAUUCACACCAGGUUCAUUCAAUCGCUCCUUCAGCACAGUAAUGGACUAUCUCCCCACAUUCCUGGAUCUAGCAAAUAUCUCCCUCCCACUAGUAUUCGAACAAGAGAAUACCCGAGCUCUGGAGAAGAGUCCCGUGGUCCAGAAAAUGACCACUUUCCGCGGAAGAAACGUCCACGCAAUCCGCGGUAAAUCAUGGGUUCCAUUCUUCUGUAAGGAAGAAAAAGCAGAAGACGUUAACGGCACCGGUGAACUCUGGAACAUCCAUUCCUCCUCCGAACCCAUUGGAUGGGAACUAUUUGCCCGUGCGGCCAUGCGGAAAGGAGAUUGGAAAAUCGUUCACAUUGCCAAGGCUAAUGGGGGAGUCGGGGAAGUUAAUGGUGAAGGCUGGGAACUGUUUAAUGUUGUUGAGGACCCGGGGGAGAAUGUGAAUUUGGCGGGUGAGGAGCCUGAAAAGCUGAAGGAGCUUAUUGGGUGUUGGGAGGAAUAUGUGAAUGAGUGUGGGGUUGUUUGGGGGGAGAAUGCAUUUGAUCCUGGAUUGGGAAUUGAGGAUGCUCCUGAGUUGUGGGAGGAUGAGGUUGAGUUGCAGAAGUCAUGGCUUGGAGCGAGGGCUGGUGAAUGUGUGGUGUAG